AUGGCAUUUGUAGAGAGGUGGCGACCAGAGACCUCGUCCUUUCAUCUUCUUCACAGUGAGAUUCCCAUCACUCUGGACGAAAUUGCAUGCCUCCCGCAUCUACCUAUCAGGGGUACCAUCCUUAGUCACGGUAGGUUGACGAAGAAGGAAGUGAUGGGGAUGCUGAUUGAGGAGAUGGGGGUUGAUCCUGCUGUUACGCUUGAGGAGGUGGAGAGGAUCCGCGGGGCGCACGUGAGGUUUCACACCUUGCAGCGGAUAUAUGAUGCAGAGCUUUUUGCAACACAUCAGGCUGCUGGUGACAAGGCAGAGGCGAAUAUACACAGAGAGAGGGUGUUGAGAUGUUACUUAUUAUGUUUGACAGGCACUCACCUCUUUGUGGACACGAGCUCGACGUACACAGACGUUGUUUAG